AUGGAUCUGAUGACGAGGCCAAGGUCCGGACAGAAAUGUUUGGAGUACGUUCUGAUGUUCAACAAAACCACCGGAAGUUCGAAAGUACCAUAUCUGAUGAUAGACCCAUGGACCAAAAAGAGACUUUUCCCAAAAGUGAAUUCCAUUGAGCUGUUUCCUGUGAACGAUUUGGUCGGCUACAAGACUGUUGUGUUGGGCAAUUGUCUAUAUGUUCUUGGUGGGAAACGCUGGAAUACUGGUGAAUACGUAAACACAGUAUGGAAAUACGAUCCAUACAGCAGUAACUGGACUCGAUGCCGACCGAUGUCAUUAGCCAGAACGCGUUUCAGUGCAGAUAUAUUAGACAAGAAGAUAUAUUGUGUGGGGGGAGAGGUGUCCGGAGGUCAUGUGACGGACACUGUGGAGUAUUACGAGCCUCUGAAGGACGAGUGGUCGGAGGCGUGCUCCCUCCCGUCCCCCAGGGUCGACCACGCCAGCUGCGUGGUAAGAAACAGGCUCUACAUCUCCGGGGGCAUCAGGAAGAUCAAACACCAGUGUUCCGCCGUCUUCCUUGUUUAUGACUUUGACGUGGAUGCCUGGUCGGACCCGAUCACAGAUAUUGAACUUCCCCAGGAGAGAGAGAAGCAUACUAUGGUUCCCAUCGGUGGAAGACACAUCUUCUUCUUUGGAGGAAGAGGAUUCGACCAAGACAAUUUCAAGGAAAAGGACGAGGCUAAAGUGUGCAGUUUUGACUGUCGUAAAAGAGUGCUGAGUAAACACGAUCCUUGCUGGGACAAAUCACACCCAAAUAUGUUUCAUCCGCGAAGCAAUGCAGGACAAAUAGUGCUAGGUAAACAAAUUUAUCUUAUUGGAGGUAAAAAUUUUUCGAAAGACCAUGACGUCAGAACAGUGGAAUACUAUGACGUCAAACGCAGAAAAUGGCGGGAAACAUUCCAACUUCCAGAGGGUAUCAGCUACGUGAAUGUUGAUUGUUGUAUUCUAAAAGUUCCCACUUGUAAUCGGGAUUUCAACAGCGCCGAUCUUUAUCUAUACGACAAAUGGUUACUUUGGUAA